UCGACCGUUUGAAACCCCACUACCCUGCCGGUCACCACUUACAACGGUCAUAUCUCGCUCUGCACGCUGAAAGCCCUAGUCUCCGAUCUCCACACCUUUUUUCUUCUUCAUCUGCUUUCUUUUUUUGAUAAGGUUCUAAUGGUUACUACAAAACGCUCUCAAGUUGAUAACUUAUUUGACAGCUUGAUAAAAUUGCUCAAGGACCAGCAAGAACAGCUUAAAACUCUCGUUCGAGAAAGAAAAUUCCUUGAAGAUCGCAUCAAGUUACAAAAUGAGCAAUUUCUCUCCGAAAUUCGUCUCUUCGAAGAUUAUAUCACUCAGAUGAAGGAGGCUUUGGUAGAGAAAGACAUGACUUGCUUGCUUGAGGCUGCGAAAUCUGAUUUGAUGAUUGGACUCAAGCACAAAGAGGCUUCUCUUUAUAAAUUGAAAUUAGAGCAAACAGAGGAUGAAUUGGCUGAUUUCAGAGCAUGUUUUGACUACCUCUCUCGUAUCCUCGAAAAAAAUUCCAAGGAAACUGACUAUGGAAAACAAGGAGAUAGGCAUGAUGAUUUAAAAUCUGCUGGUUCUAAAAGGUUGCAUGAUGAAGUAAAAAGGAUAAACUUUGAAUAUGAGAAGCUUGCUUCUGAAAAGCAUUCUGAGAUAUCUGCAUUAUUGAAAGAGAAAAGCUUUGUAUGGCAUCAGUAUAAUGUUUUAGAGACCAAUCUCAAUGAUAAAUUGAAGAGUAAGCAAGCUGAGAUUGACAAGGCAAAUGAGAAGAUUGCAAAAGUUCUUGACAGUGUGGAGCUGCUUCACUCUUCUAACAGUGAGAAGGAUGAAAUGAUUGAAAAAUUGAAAGUUAAAUUGGCUGAGGUGGAGGAAGAAAGAAAUAAAUUGAAGGAAGAAAUUCCGCUACUUUCCCAUGAGUUGGAAUCGUUGAGAAAGUCCACAAGUGCCUUAGUUACACCUGCACCAAAAAAUGGCAGCACAGGAUCGAAAGCUUCCAGUCAGAGAGUCAAAAGCAGUGGCAGGAAAGGAAGUAGUAUUGUUGUGAAGAAAGAAUCUUCUGAAAAAGCUGUUCAUUCCUUGAACGGUGCUGUGAAGGGUAGCAGAAGCUUGAAGAGAAAAGGGGAUGAUGAAACUGUUACCAUUCUAGAGACUCCAAAAUUAUUCUCCUCUUCUUUCAAAUUUCCCAAGUUGAAGACUUCAUCUACUCCAGUCUCAUUACCCUACUGCAUCCCUUUUUAAUCACGUUAAAACAGGGGUAGCCUCUUCUAAUUGUAAUUGUUUAUUGAGUUUCUCUAGUAGCUCUGUAUUAUCAGUUUCCUGCAUUUGUUGUAAAGUGUGUAAUUUGCCUUGUAGCAGUAGCAAGUAUUCUUUCAUUUAA